GGCGCGGCGGCGGCGGGGCCCUUCCUGCGGGCCGGGCCGGGAUGGGCGAGAGCACCAGCCCCAUCAGCGUGAUCCUGGUGAGCUCGGGCAGCCGCGGCAACAAGCUGCUGUUCCGCUUCCCGUUCCAGCGCGGCGCCGAGCACCCCGCCGCGCAGGACAACAAACCAAGGAGUCGAUACGCUGUGAAUGGCUCUGGUGACACCACAGAAGAUCAAGAUGGGGACUCCAGAGACCAAUGUCCUCUAACUGAUGAGCAAUUGGUUUCGGGGUUUUCAGAUGUCAUCCUGGCAACGAUUUUGGCUACCAAGUCAGAUAUGUGUGGCAAAAAGUUCGAGCUGAAGAUCGACAACGUUCGCUUCGUUGGCCAUCCCACCUUGCUCCAACACGCCCUCGGGCAGGUAUCCAAAACUGAUCCCUCACCAAAGAGAGAGAUGCCCACUAUGAUUCUGUUCAACGUGGUGUUUGCACUGAGGGCCAACGCGGAUCCGUCGGUGAUAAACUGCCUGCACAACCUGUCCCGCAGGAUCGCCAUCGUCCUGCAGCACGAGGAGCGCCGCUGCCAGUACCUCACCAGGGAGGCCAAGCUCAUCCUGGCCAUCCAGGAUGAGGUGUCUGCCAUGUCAGAAACCACAGAAGGGCCACAGUCACCUUUUCAUCACAUCCUACCCAAGUGCAAACUGGCCAGAGAUCUCAAAGAGACAUAUGACAGUCUCUGCACGACAGGGGUGGUUCGUUUGCACAUCAACAACUGGCUGGAGGUGAGUUUCUGCCUCCCUCACAAAAUCCAUUAUGUUGCCACCAACUUCAUACCCCCAGAAGCAAUCGAGAGGAGUCUGAAAUCCAUCAGGCCUUACCAUGCCUUAUUACUUUUAAAUGAUGAGAAGUCGUUGCUUAAUGAGCUCCCGUUGGACUGCUCUCCUGCCCUGGUGAGAGUAAUUAAAACUACCUCUGCUGUGAAGAAUUUGCAGCAACUGGCUCAAGAUGCUGACUUGGCAUUGCUGCAGGUUUUCCAGCUUGCUGCACAUCUCGUUUACUGGGGAAAAGCAAUUAUUAUUUAUCCUCUUUGUGAAAACAAUGUCUACAUGCUCUCUCCAAAUGCCAGUGUCUGUCUUUACUCUCCGUUGGCAGAGGCGUUUUCCUGCCAGUUCCGUGGCCACAACCUGCCAUCCAUGCUCUCCAAGUUCUCCCUCCCCGUGUCCCUCUCGGAGUUCAAGAACCCUCUGGCGCCGCCCGUGCAGGAGACCCAGCUCAUUCAGAUGGUGAUAUGGAUGCUGCAGCACAGGCUCCUGAUCCAGCUCCACACCUACGUGUGCCUGAUGGUGCCCCCGAACGAGGAGGAUCUCCGGGCCCAGGACGAAGACAUGCCCUUCACUGCCAGGGUUGGAGGCCGAAGUCUGAGCACCCCCAACGCUCUCAGCUUUGGUUCUCCAACCAGCAGUGAUGACAUGACUCUGACAAGCCCUAGCAUGGAUAAUUCCAGUGCUGAGUUGAUACCUGGUGGGGACUCACCCCUGAAUAAAAGGAUGACGGAGAAUCUCCUCGCCAGCUUGUUGGAACACGAGCGGGAAGCGAUCCUGAACGUCCCUGCUGCCCAGAAUCCUGAGGAUCUCCGCAUGUUUGCAAGGUUUGUGAACUCCAUGCAAAUAUGAGACAAGGAGCAUGAGACACAGAGCCAGCCUUGAAACCUUUUGCAGAGCAGUCUGUGAACGUUUCAAGGUGUGUUUGGCAGCAAUGAGAGCUCCUUGUGUUAGGUUAAUUAGGUUAAAGGCAUUAGGGGGGUGUGAUUAGUAGCACACAUUUUGUUGUUAUGAAUUUCCACACAACAGUAACACACACGAUGUGGUUCUGCACGUGGUGAGAGCAGAAUGACUUCCUGAGCAGCCAUCUGGAAAGAAGGGAGGGAGGGGAGGAAAUGCUUUUUCUUCCUAAGGAUUGCAAAACUCAGUGGCAUCACUGGAAUGCAACUUUCACUGGUUUUCAUACUUGUGGGGCAGAAAACCACCCGAGGCAAGGGCUGCAGCUGUUCAGUACUCCUGGGUUCAGUUGGUAAUCCCCUGGAAAUCUGGUUCUCACUCUGGGGUGGAUGCAGUCAGGUAGCCCAGGGAGACUGCAACAGCAGGAAAAUACUUUCCUUGUCUGCAGUAGAGUACAGCUCAGGGACUUUGACAGAGCUCUCGAAGCUUGUGGGUAGUUACUGCUCUCUGAAUCACUCAUCUCCAUCUUCUGCAACUGUUCAGAGGAUAUUCUCUGACUGAGAGGCAACAUUUUGGCCGUUUGAGAACUCUGAAGUGGUUUUUCCCUGUUACCAGCUAAGUCAUUACAAAACCAGUGAGAAAAGAAAGUAAAAACAACAUCAUAUUUAAUGAUAUCUUAAGAGAGAAUUUGUGGGGGACUCUUUGGACCAGUUCAGUGCCAAUGCAGAUUCUUAUUUACCCUAGGGAGAGGAAAGCAUGUUGUGAUUGCUCCCCUCUCACUUCCCUCAUCUGGGUAAAGCAGCCAUUUGAAAAAGCUUUGGAACUGCAGAUGCAAAAACCGACUCUGAUUCCUUUGUGAAAGCAGCUGCUGUGACCAGGCAGCUGAGUGAUGUGAAUUGUGCAGUUUGCUCCUGCACCAGGUUCUUUUGCAGAUCCCCAGGAUGGCCUUGCUGGGUCUCAACUUCCAGUGUGCUACAGCUUGGAUUGACAAGUGCUCAGGGUGCUCUCAGAGGCAGGGAGGAAGGGAGGAGAUGCAGUAAACAGAUGGUCCUGUGGGCACACACAGAAAUGUUCAUGCAAGACCCUCUUGGUUACCAGCGGCUGUUUUAGACACCAUAACUUGGAGGCUGUGGGUGUGUUUUCUCUCUUUUUGUGCCAUAACCCUGAGAAAUGAGUGUCUGGGUAACUCUCUUGCUCUCAGUGAAAGGGUAAAGAGCUGUGGAGAAGCUGCAGUGAGGGAGCUGCUCUCCCUCAUUACCCUCAUGCAGGUGCUCAGAACUCUCCUGAGUUCUGAGGACCAGCAGCCCGAAGGGGGCUGUGCUCUGGCAAACAGCUCUGCUGGCUCAGCUGCCUCCCAGAGCAAAGUGCUAUAAAAGCAGAGCCAGUGCCCUAAAUAUCCCGUGCCUGCCCUUCCAAGGGGGGCUGUGUGUGCACACCGAGGGAUGGGCUGUUUCCAGCACAGCAGGGAACUUCAGCCCAGAACAUUUUCCUGUGCUGACCCCUCUGAGCCUGAUCCUCCUUACACAGACAGCACAAAGUGCUGCUGCCCGUCCAGGGCUGUGCACAGCCCCUCUUUGCAAGGCACAAACCUCAAGGGGAAACAAGGAAUAGUGGCCUUGGCUCCAGCAUUGGCUGCAUUAACCCUCAUAACAGUGAAUGGGAAUUGAAAUCCGAGUCCUUUCCUUGGGUGCAGCUGGAGGAGGGUUGGCAUGUCCUUCCAGAACAAGCUUAAGAGGAAGACAAGUUCCUUUUUAGCUGGAUCUUGGGUAAUGUACACAAAGCAUUCCUCACUGCACGUAAAGCAGGGCUUUUGAAGAAGUCUGAGGCUUCACUCAUGGCUUCUCUCCCAAGCCAUGGGUGUGGAGUUGCUUUCAGGAUUUAUUUUUCUUGCUCUUAGAUGGGGAGGUGAGAUCCUUUACUCCACUUGGAAUGCUCAUUGGCAGCACUGAGCUGUGGACAGUUCUGCUCCAUUUUCAGGCAGUGGAAGGGAUAUCUUGGCCAGAAAUAAGCUAAUUCUGUUUGAGUGAUUAGUCUGAGAUAACUGUGGGGGCUUUUAGUGUGUAAGGACACUACAGUGCUGUUACAGGGGCAGCUCUUGAGGAGGGGGGAGCAGUGAUGAGCCAUGGAAAGCAAUGAUCUCCUGUCACUGCAUCUGGAUCUGGCCACAGCAGACACAUCUGUGCAGCUUCAGAGGGACUCAAAUGCAGUGCCACUGCCCCAAAAAGUGCCAUCUUGUGCUCUUUGUGUCCCACAAAUGUUCAUUGCCCCAGAAGGUGAAGGUAGUGCCCAUCUCCACUGGAGCUGUGAGCCCCAAGUACAGCUUUGUAGACUCCAGUUGGACUUUAGGUAAAAGCUCUUCCCUGGGAGGGUGGUGCAGCCCAGGACAGAUUGCCCAAGCAUGUGGGGGGAUCUCCAUCUCUGAAGGGUUUGAGCUUGGCUGGGAAAAGCUACAGCAUUGGCAGUAGUCCUGCUGGAGCAGGAUGCUGGACUGGGCUUUGGAGGUGUCUUCCAGACGAGAUUUUUGUGAUAUUCUUUAAUAUCCUCCCUAGCUUUUAUUGGAGUGGAAAAUAUUUGAUCUUGACCCAUUACGGAUCCAAACUUUCUGAAUACAGGAUGGAUUUAUUUGUUGGAAAGCUGCUCAGUCUGUGUUGCUGUGGAAAGCCAGGCUGUGCCAUUUGCACAGAACGGGCGAGCACAUGGGGCUGGCACAGGCAGACAAUACACAAAACCACUUUGGGAACAGUGACACAAGUUAUAAGAUACAAAAACUUCUGUUGAUGCCUCAGGGAACAGCCUGGUUCUGACACACAAGAAGUGACACUGCCCCUGGGAAUGGCCACUUUUCAGCCUGAGCAGCAGAAGGCAGCCAGGCAGGUGUUGGUCCUGCAGGGAAAGCACGAGAGGCCCCAUCCUGCUGCCAUGUGAGAACAGACAGGAAUGCUCUGGUGGAUACUGGGUGUAUUUUGGGGCUGUUCCUGCAUGAGGGCUUAUGGAUGGGUUGGAAAACAGAUCAUGUCAUCUCCACUCAGCUUUACUGUCAGUUGGCAUGAAGCUGCACAGGGGUAAUGGAACACGAGCUGGAGUGCAGAGUGUGAUGUGUAACACAUGUGGAUGCACAUCUGUCUGUGGAGCUGGGGAGGGGUUCUGGCACUUGGGCCUUGAUGGGUGGGAGCAUUGGAGUGACACGUGCAGGAUGGCUCUGACAUUUGGGAGGGUGGGACAAGAGACUGAGCAGCAAGUUUGGGCUGUGAUUGACUGUGCAGGGCCCAGCUUAUCUGAUGGCUGUAGCAUGUGAGUGAUAUCUGUGCUGUCUCUGUUUAAAGAGAACUGGCAAUUUAAGAAGUCAGUGUAGUUUGAGCUUAGGCUUUAGAGUUUGGGGGUUUAUAACUCCCAGAGCUUCUCUGUGGUGCCUGUCACCAAAAUUUCCACCUCCCUGUUGUGACUGCUCCACCCAGCCCAAGCUGCCCAAACCCUGAGUGAGUCUGGGGUUUGUAACCUGUAGUUACAAAGCCCCUUGGGCUGCUGUGAGGGAAAAUUUCCUCUUAAUUCCAAAAGCCGGUGUAGGUGCCCAGGCCCCUGGUGCAGAGCUGUGACAAAGGUAGGCCCAGCUAAGAGAGAGCAGAAGUAAAUCUGCCACGUCCUGACUUCUCAAGGCUUGUUUGCACUUGUGCCUCUCCCCUUUCAGGAGGUAUAACUAUGUUGAAAAUUGCCAGCCUUGGGAAAUGCCACAGGCUGGGAAACCUCUUGAUCUAAGGAGGACCUUGGCAAAGCCCCUGCUUUUCCAGGGGAUUUCUGUGCUGGGCAUGAUUUAAUGGUGUCAUUAUUUAAUUCAUGCAAAUGAGGGACACAACCCAAACACCUCCUGAUUUGCAUCCCAUGGGAGGGGACACCUUGGGGGUGGCAGGGUGGGCUCUAGGUGUGUGCAGGUGCUUUUGGCCCAGGUGCCCCUGUUGCUCU